AUGGCUUUUAAAUUCGUUAUUUUCUCUGCUUGCUUGGCUUUUGCUCAAGCAGGACUUAUUGGAGCUCCAAUAGCUGCACCCAUCGCCUAUUCUCAAGCCCCGAUAGCUGCAGCUUACUCUCCAGCUACAGCUGUCUCCCACAUCUCCUAUUCGUCGCCAAUUGUUUCGUAUGGAACACCGAUUGCCGCUCAAGCUCCAACCAUCACAAGCCAAUCUCAGAACAUCUUGAGAAGUUUUGGAAAUCUUGGACAAGUUUCCACUUACUCCAAGACCAUCGAUACACCUUUCUCCAGCGUCCGCAAAACAGAUGUGCGUGUGUCAAACCCUGGCAUUAGAUACGCUUCUCCGUACCUCCAAGCAGCCCCACUCUCAGUGGCGCACGGCCUCCAAGUUGCACCUGCCAUUGCCGCCCCGGUUGCCUACUCGGCCGCCCCAGCAGUCUCACACGUCUCCUACCAAGGUUUAGCCGGUGGAUACGUUUUUUAAACAUUUAUAAUGACAAAAUUUGGUUGUAAUUUAUUUUUUUAAUGUUAAUAAAUUGAUUAUUUGCUGAA